ACUGUAUAACAGUUUGGUUACUGUGUGUUUCCUCAUUGAGGUGAUUUUAUUAAACUGAGAGGACAUAACAACUCAAGCAGCUUUUCCUCAUCAUUGAAAACUGGUGAAAUACAGGUGAGUAUUUUUAUUCUUUUGUACUGGUGAUUACUGGUGAAACACUCAAUAUUCCCUCCACACAGCAGCACCACAGCUCGCUUCUAUCAGUGUUCAUGAAACGUAUUACUGAGUAACGUCGAGGGCAUGCUGGUGCCAUCUGGCCUAGUAAUCAACCUUACACUCGUUUGUGGGGUUCACAAUCUGUGAUGAAUAUAUUGCUAUAUUCAGUGUUGUAUAUUAAAAUUUGAGUAUUAUUGCAGUUUUAUUACAGUUAAUAAGAGUCGUUAAUCACCUGAGACAACUGUUGUGAAAGAAAGGGCCAUGGAUCAAAAUUGUUUGUAGUAGAGCUCAACACAAGCUUUACUACAGUUUGUAAAAUUAGUUUGUUGUUUUAAAAUAAGGUUAAGACUAUCAAGUUGCAUCCUCUCAACAAUGUACAUCAGUGGAUUUAUUUUCUCCAGAAACAUGGGUGACUCAACAAAUGUGACUUCAUCUCCCAACCUCCCACCCUGUGAUGUUGUCAGAACAUCAGUCCAUGCUUUCUUUGUGGUGGUCUACAGUCUAGUGUUUCUGGUGGGUUUACUCCUCAAUGGCUUCAUCAUGAAGUUUUACUGUUGUCGAGCUCAGCAGCAGGCAUCGAGCAGCUUGAUGGUCUACAUGAAGAACCUGACAGCUGCUGACUUCCUGCUUUGCCUCUCUGUGCCGCUGCGCAUCUCCCACUAUGCCAGCAGCUCUCCUAUUGGUCAGAAGCUCUACUGCAGCUUUGGAGCUUCCACCUUGUACCUCAACAUGUACGCCAGCAUCAUCUUUAUGGGGUACAUUGCUGCUAACAGGUAUCUGAAAAUCGUCCAUCCUUCAGGAACUCACGUCCUGCAGUCAGUGCGAACUGCCCACAUCGUCUCCAUGGUCACCUGGGUUUUUCUCCUGGCUGCAUCAAUUACAUACACGAUCCUGUUUUUCAUCACCGAGAAACCACUGACCUCAAACUCCAUCAGGUGUGAUUAUAUGUUAGGCACAUCGGUCACCCUGUUCUACAAAAUUAUCCAUGUCAGCUGCGCCAUCAUCUUCCUCGUGGUCUUCAUAUGCCUGGUCUUCUUCUACUACACCACCUCCUGCAGGGUGUUGCAGGUACAGCAGAGUCAGCUGGCCUCCUCUGGCUCUGAGAAGCUGGUGAAGUCUCGCAGGAACAUGUUGGUGCUGGUCAGCAUCUUCUGUCUUUGUUUUGUCCCCUAUCACCUGGUUCGACUUCCCUACACUAUUCUGUGGGACAGCUGCCCUGCGGGUUGGAUAUUGUACUACCUGAAGGAAUUGGCCACCAUGGUGUCAGUUUUCAACAUCUGUCUGGACCCUCUUGUUUACUUUUACCUCUGUAAGACUUUUCGGGCUCAGGUGAACCUGAGAAAGGUCUUGAGGGGGAAGAACAUCCAACAAGCAAACCAGGAGAGUGAGAGCAGGAAGGAGCAGGCUGACAUUGUUACAGCAACAAGUUAAACCAAUGAGCUUUAAGGAAAAGUUCAACAUGUUAUUAAAUGCUAAGAUGUACAUUUGUUUUGAGAGUCAGAUGAGUUCAGUGAAACCUAUGUCAUGGAUCCCAAGUCUUCAUGAACUCAGCACAAACACACUCCCAUGCAGACGACAUGAGUGUUCAUGUUUCCACUGUCAGACUUUAUCGUCUCAGUCUUUGAGGUGUUCUCAUUUUCUGCUGAUGUCACACAAAACCAAAUAUCAUUUUUCUCAUUCAAAUCAUCAUCUCAGUCUGCUCAAAGGUUGUGGUUUCUCCCCUGAAUCUUAUCAGCAGUUUCAAUCAGCAGCUUUUAAUUUGUUUAAAAAGCUUAGCGGAAGUAGUCAAACACAUGUCAGACAC